CCAUGGCCGUAGUAAGAAGGCUUGGCAGUGCCAUAAUCCGUGGCUCUCCCCACAUCCACCUCGAAAUCCUCAUCGCCAUACUCACCCGGAUCGCCACUGCGAGGGUAGCUCCACUCUUCACUCGCUUCCUUGAUGGCGCCAUACACAGAUCCAAUGUCGUAGCCCCCGACGUAGGGCUCUGGAUCGAAUUCGUCGUGAUCCUCAGCAUCCUCGCCGCGAUCGCCCCCUCGUCCCCAUCCUCGAGCCAUGAUCUCUACACGUCAACAGUGUUCUUCCAAUCCGUCAGGGGUUCGAAUCGUUUUACAAGAGUGUGCCACGUCAUUGCCACGCAAGCGAUGCGUUGGCUUGCCACGUCGGUGUGUUUAAUAGAAAUUGCAGGGUUUGAAUUAGGUUAUCGAGCUGCGGCAAUGGCGAGCGCGAUGGCGAGGCGCGUCGCGAAUGUCGUGGCCAGAUCGCGGAUUUCUUCCUUCUAUCCACUGCACAAGGCCAUCGCCGCGCCGAAAAGCGGUCCCUGGGAGCAGCAGUUGCGGCAUCUCAACAUCCACGAGUAUCAGGGCGCCGAUCUUAUGAGCAAGUAUGGCGUGAAUGUUCCAAAAGGGGCGGUUGUUUCGUCCAGGAAAGAGAUCUCAACCGUGUUGGAAAAGGAGUUCCCUGACAAUGAAGAGCUUGUUGUGAAGAGUCAAAUUUUGGCUGGUGGUCGUGGUUUGGGAACUUUCAAGAAUGGUUUGAAGGGAGGCGUUCACAUCGUCAAACGAGACAAAGUCGAGGAGAUUGCAGGAAAAAUGCUCGGUCAGAUACUUGUGACCAAGCAAACGGGACCGGAGGGAAAGCCAGUGAACAAGGUUUUCAUAUGCGAGAAGCUGCAGCUUGUCAAUGAAAUGUACUUCGCCAUUGCUCUAGACAGAGCAAGCGCUGGGCCUGUUAUUAUUGCCUGCAGCAAGGGUGGAACAAGCAUAGAAGAUUUGGCUGAGAAAUACCCGGACAUGAUCAUCAAGGUCCCUAUCAACAUCCACAAAGGCAUCACCGAUGCCGAUGCAGAGAAGGUUGUAAACGGACUGAACUUGAAGUGCGCAGAUAAAAACGACUCGAUGCAGCAAGUAAAGCACCUGUAUGAUCUUUUCUGCAAAUCCGACUGCACGCUUGUGGAGAUCAAUCCACUGGCAGAGACUGCGGAUGGAAAGCUCGUCGCUGCCGAUGCGAAGCUCAACUUCGAUGACAAUGCGAGCUUCCGUCAACAGGAGAUAUUCGCACUUCGUGAUCAAUCUCAAGAAGAUGCUCGAGAGGUCGCUGCUGCUGCCGCCGAUUUGAACUACAUUGGAUUGGAUGGCGAGAUUGGCUGCAUGGUGAAUGGAGCAGGACUCGCGAUGGCAACCAUGGAUAUCAUCAAACUGCACGGAGGCUCACCAGCCAACUUCCUUGACGUUGGCGGAAAUGCUUCAGAAAACCAGGUCAUUGAAGCCUUCAAAAUCCUCACGUCUGACAAGAAGGUGAAGGCCAUUCUGGUGAACAUCUUCGGUGGAAUCAUGAAGUGUAACGUGAUCGCGAGUGGUAUUGUCAACGCUGCCAAGACGGUGUCACUCAAAGUCCCACUGAUCGUUCGAUUGGAAGGCACAAAUGUUGAUCUAGGAAAGAGAAUACUAAAGGAGAGUAAGAUGAACUUGAUCGCUGCGGACGACUUGGACGAUGCCGCAGAGAAGGCUGUGGCCGCGCUGGCUUAAAAGGAGGUCAAUCCUUCCACCGCAAAGAUUUUUGGACGACAAUAAUUCGGCAAGCAAACCAUGUAAGGUUUUUAUUUUUGUGGUAACUGAUGGCUUGAUCAUAGGAUCUUACCAAAGUUUCAAGGCAAUAGACCUUGCUGGCAAGAAAUUUAUCCGUUACUACCAGCAUGUAAA